GUAUUUAGAAUAUGGUAGCAUUGACAAAGUGAGUGAUGUCUUUCCUCCUGUCUUCUACCUUAAGAAGGCACUGCCUGAUAUCUCCAUUGGCACCACGUGUAAGCAGUGUUCUUGCAAGGAAGAAAAAUGCAUUGGACCAGAGGCAAUUCAGCAGCACUACGGAAAAUAAGUCUGAGAAGAAGUCAUUCUUUCAAAAACUCUUAGGUCCAGAAUCAGUUGUUGCCUCCCCAAAUUUCAAGAGCAGAUGGCUUGUUGCAUUGCCAGCAUUUGCAACCCACAUGUGCAUAGGUGCACCAUAUGCUUGGUCUGCAAUGAGCUGGCCUCUGACGCGGGAGCAUGGAUUUGUGACGUCAGCAGCCUCCGACUGGUCACUUGCAGAGACAACCCUGCCUCUGUCUAUCGUUUUCUUGAUGCAUGGAGUCGUUGCAGCAUUGGCGGGAAAAUGGCAGAUGAAGGUAGGACCGCGAGCUGCUAUUGCUGCUGCUGGAGUUUGCUUUGGUGGAGGCUUGCUCCUCGGGGGCCUUGGUAUAUCUACCCAUAAUCUCUGGCUUGUCUACUUCGGCUAUGGUUUUCUUGGUGGUACCGGACUAGGACUUGCAUACACUCCUCCAGUGCAGGCACUGAUUAACUGGUUCCCUGACAAAAAGGGUGUUGCCUCUGGUUUGACAAUCGCAGGCUUUGGCUCAGGAGCAUUGGUGUUUGAACCACUUGUUAACUUCUUACGUGGGAAAUUCGCAAAGAUGCCUGAAUUCCUUGGGACUCAUGACCAAGUUCAAACAAUUCUAGAAAAUGGAAAGUUAUUCGCUGAUGUUGGUGGUCAGUUAAAAGAGGUUGUCUUGGCAACAGCUGCUGAUUUAGCGAUUCUGCCAUACAAAGGACUUUCAGAAGGAUUGUAUUUGGUUGGAAGUGGAGACUCUGGCAAUGCUGCUGUUCUUGCCACUAUUGGCCUAGCCUACUUUGGUGUAAUGUUGGCAUCAGCAUUUUCAAUGCGUUUGCCAGCACCAGGAUAUGUUCCAGCUGGCUACAUCCCACCCCAGACAUCAUUAGGGGCAGGGCUCCAGAAUGUCAGUGUUGAUACGGUGAUGAAGACUCCACAGUUUUAUCUGUUAGCGACGGUUUUGUUCUGCGUUGCGACUGGUGGCAUGGGGAUGUUUAGUGUAGCUAAACCCAUGGUCUCUGACGUGUUCAGCAGUGCACUACCAUCAGUUGUCACCGCAGCCUUCGGUUCUACCUUUCUUCUUCUCCUUGCUGCUGGCAACCUUGGUGGUCGACUUGGAUGGUCUGCAUUUUCUGAUAAAUUCGGACGUCGCAACACUUUCCAUGUAAUUGCCCUAGGAAGCUUGCCCCUCUACCUUGGAGUACCUUUCCUUGUUGAUUCUGUCGUGAACACACAUUCAGUACUGCCUUUGUAUUUAUUCUGCACCUCCACCGCCCUUGCUAUCAGCUUAUACGGUGGUGCAUAUGCAUCCCUUCCUGCAUACGAGGCCGACCUCUUUGGCUCGAAAUACGUUGGUGCUAUUCAUGGAAGGUUUCUACUAGCGAGCUCUGCAGCAUCACUAGCUGGUCCUACGAUUCUGUUGACACUAAGGCAAUACGCAGAACGAACAGCAAUUGCAGAUCUCCUUUCCAAGUGCGAUCCUGCGAAGUUUAAAGCGUGCUUUGGAGAAGAAAUUGACAAAUGCCAAUCGUUGAUUGAAGCAAAGACCAUUACAAUCAACAAAUUGAUGGACAUUGUGCCGGUUGGGACGCAAGAUCCAACUCCUUACCUCUACAACACGACCAUGUUUACAAUGGCGGGCUUCAUGGCCUUAGCUGCUCUCAGCAAUUACUUGGUCAAGAAUGUUGACCGAAAGUAUUUUGAAAAAGUUGCAGAAAAGAAGCAAUGAGAAUUCCAGAAAAAAGUGAAAUGAACUGAAUUUUCAUUCGUUUCAUAACAAUUUUGUUUGAGGAGUGUUGAGGGUUUUAGCGUUGCUUGUCAACAAUUCUAUGUUUGAUAUGGUUACUAGUGUGUCACAAUUAAAGCAAUAGUCUAACAAUAAACGAAUUUGUAAGUUGCAUAAAUAUGGAUAUUCUGAAUAGGCCGUUAUGACGCUCAGGCUGGGGGUAAGCACAGGACAGUAGACAUUACUGGAUCGUAAUAAUAAAAGUUCACGUGAACCCAAAAAAGUAUUACCACUAACCUCGGCGAUUCUAAUCAUUUACAAAUGCAUUAAGUCAUUUUGCUAAUCUUUCUUAGGCAUCUGAAGGCAUUGCUUACGAGAAUCCGGGCCGUCUAGGAAAAGUCUUUUCCCGCCAAGCCUAGGAAAUGAUACUAUCAUAAUGUUAGUGAAUAAUAUCUGAAUCAACCAAUUUUCAUCAGAAAUUUAUAAGAAACUUUCUGAUGAUAGCAAUGUAAACAAAUUUUAAAAUUAGCGUUUUGUGCAUGAAGAUGUGUUUUCGAUCAUUUAGUUUUGAAUCAGUGGGGGUUGAAUCAGUGGGGGUUUCAGACAUUAACCAAUGUUUGUGUUUUAAUUGAGCACGAUUUUUAAUCAAAUCUUCUAGUUUAUUUUCGUAUGUGAAACAAGAUAUUUCUUCAAAUAUAAGUAACUUUGUCAAGUUUUGUGUUUUUAAGUUCAUGCAUGCAAUAAGCAAGGAUAAUAAUAUAUUGAUUCUAUUUUAAAUCACAGCAAAGGUC